AUGGUGCGGUUACCGCUGCCACAACGUCUCAGCUCUCACCUCAGCACCAGAAGCAAUGCUUCUACACCAGGUCAGAGUAGAAGCACGAGUCCCAUGAGGUCUCCGGAUGUCCGGCCGUUGACCCUCAAAGUUUCUGUCUUGCGGGGGAGAAAUCUUGCCGCCAAAGAUCGAGGAGGAACGAGCGAUCCCUAUUUGAUAGUCACACUCGGGGAUGCCAGGCAAUCGACGCCUACGAUAUUCAAGACAUUAAAUCCAGAAUGGAAUGUGACGUUUGAGAUGCCGGUCGUCGGCGUCCCGUUGCUAGAGUGUAUCUGCUGGGACCACGACAGAUUCGGCAAAGACUACCUAGGAGAGUUCGAUAUUGCUUUGGAAGAUAUAUUUACGAACGGGGAUACCCAGCAGCAGCCGAGAUGGUAUACUCUCACGUCGAAUCGGAAAUCCGGCAAAAGGAAGGAUAGCAACGUCUCCGGUGAAAUCCUGUUACAAUUCUCGCUAUUUGACCCAGUGGACCCUGCGACUCCGCCGACGGAUAUAUACCAUAGGUUCAAGGCCUUAGUUUCCAGCGGUGACGAGGACGAUUACUUCCCCUCAGUAUCUUCGUCUGCUAUCGCUGAGGAAACUGGGGAGCGAGAUGAUGAGGAAACGUCAGAUGAAACUGAUGAUCCAACGAAACCGGAGGUGGUUGAAAAGCGCAGGAAAAGACUGCGCCUGAAGCGCUUGAAACGCAAGUCUUUGGCAGCCAGAGCGUAUCAGUUCUCUGGCGUCGGCAAUGGCGUGCAGGGUAUUGUAUUCAUGGAGAUUGUCAGGGUCACUGACCUUCCACCUGAGCGAAAUGUAACUCGAACAUCAUUCGAUAUGGACCCCUUCGUUGUGACUUCACUUGGUCGCAAAACGCUCCGAACUCCAGUCAUACGUCACAACCUAAACCCGGUAUACCACGAGAAGAUGGUCUUCCAAGUCAUGAAGCACGAACAAAUGUACACAAUGAGUUUCACGGUCAUGGACCGAGACAAAUUCUCAGGAAACGAUUUUGUUGCUUCGGCCGGAUUCCCGCUGCAAACUCUUAUCCAGGCCGCUCCUGAAACUGAUCCAGAGACAGGCCUCUACAUGCUUUCUGAAGACGAAAACGGAUCUCCAGCGAAAUCUGAUAUUAAGAUCAGCCCCGCUCCAUCGUCAACUAGCCUGUCAAAACAGGGCAAUCCGCUCACAAGAUCGAGGAGCUCAACCACAUCUCUAUCGGCGCAGGCACAACCGGAGCCUCCAGCGACCCCUGCAUUGAUCCUUCCUGAUGAAACCACAAGCAGCGGUCUCUCCGACGUUUCCACAGCUGCUAGCCCUGUCACACCAAUUGCCUACGAAUCAGAUGGGCUCAGGCUCUAUAAGAUCCCUCUAACGUUGAAGAACAAAGAACGAUGGGAAGAUAAACAUUUCCCUGAGUUAAUAGUCAAAGCGAAAUACAUGCCUUACCGUGCAUUGCGGCAACAAUUCUGGAGGCUGAUGUUGAGGCAAUACGACGCCGAUGACAGCGGUAGCAUCGACAAGGUCGAGCUGACUACGAUGCUUGAUACUCUUGGAUCCACGCUGAAGGAGUCAACUAUUGAUAGUUUCUUCGAGCGCUUUGGCGAGGAGACUGAGUCAAGCGAGCCCGUUGGUUUAUCUUUUGAUCAAGUUGUAAUGUGUCUUGAAGAUACGCUUCAGUCGCUCCAGAAAAACUCUCGGGCGAUGGGCAAAAGACUCAGCCCAACUACGUCGACAGCCAGCCAGGAAAGCGAUGGGCUCAGCGGCGACGAGCUCAAUGUCGAGACUAGCUCAUCUCUACCAACCAAUGCAGAUCCCCAGGCUACAUCUGUCCCGACAAUCCCAUCUUCGGAGCUCCCUACCAACGACGAAGAGCUCCAUCCCGAUGAUUUAGGCGACGAGCGUGGAGAGGAACACGUUAUCGAAAUCCGGGAGUGUCCGCUGUGCCACCAGCCUCGACUUGGAAAACGGUCUGAUGCCGAUAUCAUAACACACAUAGCAACAUGUGCAAGCCAGGAUUGGCGGCAAGUAGACAACCUUGUUAUGGGUGGCUUCGUUACUUCAAGUCAGGCGCAACGCAAGUGGUACAGUAAAGUUAUCACGAAGAUCUCUUACGGCGGCUACAAGCUAGGCGCAAACUCCGCCAAUAUCCUGGUCCAAGAUCGUAUUACUGGGCAGAUUAACGAGGAGCGGAUGAGUGUCUACGUCCGACUCGGCAUUCGGCUUUUGUACAAGGGCCUCAAGAGUCGAGACAUGGAGAAGAAGCGAAUCCGCAAAAUCCUCAAGUCACUCAGCGUCAAGCAGGGUAGAAAGUAUGACGACCCAGCUUCUGCGGCGCAGAUUCGAGACUUUAUCAACUUCCACCAACUUGAUAUGACAGAAGUUCUGCUGCCUCUGGGUCAAUUCAAGAACUUCAAUCAGUUCUUCUACCGUGCACUGAAGCCAGACGCCAGGCCUUGUUCUGCUCCCGAUGAACCCGGGAUCGUUGUUUCCCCCGCUGACUGCCGGUCGGUGGUGUUUGACCGUAUCACCGAAGCAACGGGUAUCUGGGUCAAGGGACGAGAAUUCUCCAUCAAAAGACUCCUUGGUGAUGCCUACCCCGAAGAUGUUUCGCGCUACCAGAAUGGAGCUCUGGGCGUUUUCCGACUCGCCCCUCAAGACUACCAUCGCUUCCAUAUCCCCGUAGACGGUGUAAUGGGCACUCCGAAAACUAUUGAGGGUGAGUACUACACAGUUAACCCCAUGGCUAUUCGCUCUGCACUCGAUGUAUACGGCGAGAAUGUACGAAUUCUGGUCCCGAUCGAUUCUGUUGCACACGGCCGAGUGAUGGUUAUCUGCGUUGGUGCAAUGAUGGUCGGAAGUACGGUUAUCACACGACAGGCUGGAGAAAGGGUUUCAAGAGCCGAGGAACUAGGAUAUUUUAAAUUCGGUGGUAGCACGCUUUUGGUUCUCUUUGAAGAAGGAAAGGUCAAUUUCGACAAGGAUCUCGUUGACAAUUCAAGAGAAGCUCUGGAAACUUUGGUACGAGUGGGUAUGUCUGUGGGCCACAGCCCCGAUAUCCCCCAGUUUGAGCCGGAUCUGCCAAAGAAGGCAGAGGAGGUCAGCGUUGAGGAGAUGCAAGCCGCCAAGCGCAGAAUCGAAGGCAGCUUGGCUCCUCCAACGCAUGCCUCAGGGCUGCAGUAG